AUGAAGUCCAACUUCCUCAUCGCGCUCUUCAGCUUGGCUCUGGCCGCUAUUGCUGCCCCUACCGGUCCUGGCGGACUUGGCGGCGGCGGCGGUGGCGGCGGCUCAAUCGGCGGAGGCCUCGGUGGUGGCUUUGGAGGUGGCUUCGGCGCUGGUUCUGGAGCCGGUGCUGGUCUUGGUGCUGGUGCUGGCGAGGGGAACUAA